AAAGAUAGUUUUAGAGAGAGAGAGAGAAACAGACAGAUGUUUAGCAGUCACAGAUAGAGCAGUGGAGAUCUUUUCUCAAUCUUUUUAUAAUUCAUUUCUUGCAGGAGAUUGACGGAAAAACACAGAUUUGAUUAGCAAUGAAUUCCAACAACUGGCUCGCUUUUCCCCUCUCACCAACCCACUCUUCGUUGCCUCCUCAUCUCCAUCCCUCACAGCCUUCCCAGUUCGAUGUCGGAUUGGUUAAUGACAAUAUGGAUAACCCUUUUCAAGGCCAAGAGUGGAAUAUGAUCAAUCCACACGGCGAUGGAGGAGGAGAGGUUCCAAAGGUAGCCGAUUUUCUCGGAGUGGGCAAAUCAGUAGUGAACCAGUCCCACAACCUAGCCGCCUACAACGAGAUUGGUCAGAGCAAUGGUUCGGAUUAUUUCUUCCAAAGCAGUAGCUUGUUGCCCAAUGUGCAAUCAAGCGCCGCCAUUGCCACAUAUGCUUCUAACUCUGCUAACAACAAUAGCUAUGAGCUUCAAGAGAGUGCCAACAACUUGCAAUCUCUCACUCUGUCCAUGGGAAGUAGCGGUAAUAACGCGAAAGCGUCACCUUGUGAGACAAGCGGCGACAACACUAGCAGCACUAAUAGCGGCGCUAUUGCCGACGCUGUGCCUAGAAGGACGUUGGAUACUUUUGGACAGAGAACGUCUAUCUAUCGCGGUGUAACAAGGCAUCGUUGGACCGGUCGGUACGAAGCUCAUCUCUGGGAUAAUAGUUGUAGGAGAGAAGGUCAAUCGAGGAAAGGGAGACAAGUUUACUUGGGUGGGUAUGACAAAGAAGAGAAAGCAGCAAGAGCAUAUGAUUUAGCUGCACUCAAGUACUGGGGACCAUCAACUUCUACCAAUUUCCCGAUUAGUAACUACGAGAAAGAGUUGGAGGAGAUGAAGCACAUGACACGACAAGAAUUCGUGGCUGCAAUAAGAAGGAAAAGCAGUGGAUUCUCUAGAGGUGCAUCGAUGUAUCGGGGAGUUACAAGGCAUCACCAACACGGAAGAUGGCAGGCAAGGAUCGGCCGAGUUGCGGGAAACAAAGAUCUUUACUUGGGAACCUUCAGCACUGAAGAAGAGGCUGCAGAAGCUUAUGAUAUCGCGGCUAUAAAGUUCAGAGGCCUCAAUGCAGUUACAAACUUCGAGAUCAACCGAUAUGAUGUCAAAGCCAUUCUCGAGAGCACGACUUUACCCAUUGGAGCCGGUGCAGCUAAGCGCCUUAAAGAAGCUCAAGCCUUAGAAUCUUCUAGAAAACGCGAGGAAAUGAUGGCUCUCGGGUCAAGUUUCCAGUACGGUGACUCGAGCUCUGGCUCGGGUUCGAGGCUGCAAUCUUACCCUCUAAGCAUCCAAACCCCAUUCGACCAUUACCAUCAUCAACCAUUGCUUACACUCCAAAACAACGACAUUUCUCAGUACAACGCUCACGAUUCUUCAUCGUUUCACCACAACUAUCUUCAGACACAACUUCAUCUUCACCAGCAGACUAAUUACCUGCAACAAUCUAACCAGAAUUCGCAACUUUAUAACGCGUAUCUUCAGAGCAAUCCGGCUCUUCUUCAUGGUCUGGUCUCCACCUCUGUCGUGGAAAACAACAACAACAACAACCACAAUGGAGGCUCAAGCGGAAGCUACAACACAGGAGGGUUUCUUGGGAACAACGGCAUCGGAAUUGGAUCCAAUUCAACUGUUGGAUCUGCCGAGGAAUUUCCCGUGGUUAAGGUCGAUUAUGAUAUGCCGUCAGGCGGUGGAGGAUACGGAGGAGGAUGGUCCGGAGAAUCGGUUCAAGGGUCGAAUCCGGGAGGUGUUUUCACAAUGUGGAAUGACUGAAGGCUCUGUUUCUUGCGGCGCAAGGAAGGGUUCAAAAUCAUAACUAUUUUAAUUAUUUUCUGAUUUUUUUCUCUUUUUUGUUUCUUCUGUUGGAAGUGACAGGAUCAAACUGAAGUCUUGAUUAGCAGGAAUCUUUGUUAGAAGGAUUAGGCUUUCGGACAGCGAAGAUCGAUGAUAAUUAAUUUUCAGGCGGCGACUUUUGUGGUUAUUGUUCUUGAGGGUUAGGGUUUAUGGGUACUUGAAAAAUAAGAAGAAAAAGAGUACCCAAGUUUUG